AUGUCGUCCGCCCCCGGCCCUUCGAGCCCGCUCAGGACCUCAAAUCUAUUUGCGAACCCCAAUCGCGCCUCCCCAUUCCGUCGCUCAGGCUCGAGACUCGACACGACUUCUCCGUCGGCAUUGCGCAGCUCGCCCUUCGCGUCGCCCUCGAGGCCUUCGGAAGUUCGUCCGACCACACCCUCGCGGUUGUCACCCGCGAAGGAACGCGACAGUCCCUUUCGCCGCUCCACAUCUUCCGUCCGCAGUAAUGACGAAACCGACGGCGCCAAACCCGACGAGUCAGGCUAUGGAUCCGCAGCGGAGACUUCUGACAGGCCUAGUCUGGGCAGCCCGUUCCUGACAACUCGCAAGACCACCUUAAGCCCAGAUCCCCCAGCCUCGCCAACCCGCCCUCCUGUCCAACGCAACAUCACCAUGACCACCGAUACGAGUACCAUCAAGCCUCCCCCCUCUCCGCCUGUUGAGCGUCGGCCGCAACGGCCACCACCUGCGGCCAGGGCUGCGUCGUUGCUCGGUAGCAGCGACCCACUCGCCCACCUUCCUCCGGCCUUGCUACACAGCAUGCGUGAAUCAUUCAGCGUGCUCGACCGCGACAACAAAGGCAACAUCAGCGCUCCGGACGUCCAGGAAGCUCUCUCUCAGGUUGGCCUCGAUAACGGUCCUGCUUCCAUCACUCCAUAUUUCGACGGGCAGCCGCAGUCGCUGAAUCUCUCCGCAUACCUCAACAUGAUGGCUUCCCUGCUCGCACCUUUAAGCAGGGAGCGGGAGCUUCUCUCCGCUUUCGAAGCAUUCGAUGACCAGGAUGAUGGCCAAAUUGAUGUCGCGGAAUUGAGGGAUGCAUUGAUGAACACAGCGCCGGAGCCAGGUCAGGAGAGACUUACGGAGCUGGAGAUUGAGAGAGUCGUCGAAGGCUUCAGAGGCCGCAGAGCCCUAGGAAAGAUGGGCAAAGGCGCGUUGGGUCGUGGAGAUGUGUUUCGUUACAAGGAAUUUGUCGGCAGUGUUUGUGGCGGUUCAUCGGCCAAGGAUGCCAACGAAGAAGCGACUGCAGCAUAG